CACGAUUCAGUCCUGUUGCAAAGCUUCCGGGUUCAAUGGGCGCCAGCUGGGAUACGUUCAAGGCGUGAGAAAUUCACAAAUGACUCGACGCCACCACCAUCACCUCCGUUUGCCUGGCUAACGCUUUCGUCACUGUCCAGCCACCCAGUCUCGCAGUUACGGACUCCCUCCUUCGUUGCGUGUUGGAGCCAUUUGCUGAAAGUUAAAAUCGUCGAGAGGUGGCCCCCGCACGCCCGGUGCCUCGGAUCAGGGAACAGCUAGCCUCGAUAGACGCCAGGCCGCGCCCUAAUUAGCUGUCUCUUCUUUAUGCUCAGCCAACGACCAGCGAACGAUCGCCUGUUCAAAAAGGUCAACGAAGCCGCGUUCCCGAAGAAGCCGUCGCCGUCCUCGGUAUCCCACGAGCUCCCACUCAUCAAACCAAUGUCCGAUUGAGCUCAUCGCAGAGCUGGCUUAACGUUCCAUCUUUUCGCAGAAGUGGUGGGGGGUCGGGAUCACACCAGGGGGUUCAUCGCCCACAGAGGACCGGAGCCGACGGAUACGAUGGGAUGUCGCCCGUCAGCGAGCUGCUUCGCCUGCAAGGCGCGCAAAGUCAAAUGCGAUCUCCGAAAGCCCUCAUGUAACCGCUGUACGAGUCUCGGGAGGGCGUGUCCGGGUUACGCGGAUCCGUGGGCCGUUGUGCAUCGCCAACAGAACGCAUCGGCGGCUCACCAGGUUCAGGUUCGGGUCGCUAAACGACUGAAGGAAAGAGGUGCAUUCGACCCAACGUCGUCAAUUCUGGAAGUCGACGAGGAGGGAACCUCUCCGGACUCAGUAGAGGAAGAGGAGAUCCAGAGGAGGCUGAGGACCGUACCGAAAGCCUUCCAUGUCGAUUCCGAGCUCAUCUCACUUAACCACUUUUACUCCAACUAUGCAUCCGGAGGCGAGGUCGCUUUGUUCAACCUCUUCCCCGGCAUGAAGUCGUCGGCUGCAUCAUCGCCUGUCUUACAGGAGGCUCUCAAAGCCACGGCAUUAGCCAGCUCAUCUUUACAGAUGUGUCAGGCAGGCUUGAUGGCUCAAGCGCGGCAACACUAUUGCAAGGCGAUUAGCAAGAUUGGCGGCGCACUGAAGGAUAACUCGACAGCGCAAGACGACUCUGUUGUUGUCGCAUUGCUCACUCUCGGCCUUUUCGAGGCAAUAGUACCAGAUACAUCUCCAAGGAAAAUAACAUCGCAUUGUCGAGGUUCUCUCGCACUGCUGAGGUAUCGAGCAGAACAGGGUGUUGCCACAUCACUCGACAAGGGCCUCCUUGCGUUUGUGGUUCACCUGGGUAUGCUCGAAAUAUUCAUCGGCCAGGAAGGUCGAUCACCAGUUCUAGUCGGCUUGAAACAAGCAGCAUGGGCGAAAGGCGGCAUGGUUGAACCGCUGCUCGUUCGAGCCAUCGACUACAAACACAUGGUCCAGCACGUGCUAUCAUCGGCAGAUAUGGAACGAGCAUCCGUCGGUCACGUAACAGAAAUCUUCCAGAUAGGCAUCGACAUAAUACGCGACCUAGAAGCAGCUGCGAACUACAGGAUUUUAUCCCCCGGGCCCCGAAACAAACCCGGACCUGACGGCGCUGUCGACGAAGACCUGAACUCUUUCAACCACUUACUGGGCCGUAAAUCGGACGCAAGCGAUGCGAUAGCGAAAGGUCUUUACCUCACCAUCAGACUACACCUCAUCGAGUACAUUCUAAGCUUAUCAAUUGCUCUCGGAGAACCGACGCGUGAAGAGUUGAAGACGCUCGUCAACCUCCCUCAUGGACUGACGGCGAUGGAGCAAGUUUGCGAGCAAAUCCGUAUUGUGUUCGGAUUCGAUGGCAGAGACUCAGCCUGCACCGUACAGGGCGUUGGAUUCAAUGCUUGGUGUAUGUUCUGGCCCAUGAUAGCCGUGCUCAAGUCUGCUUUUGCCGACAAAGACACGAAGAUGUGGAUCAUGGACAAGUGUAUGGCGGUAAGCCAAGCGUCUGGCUUUGGCAUGGCGAUGUACCAACAGGGUUGGUUCGAAACAGAUGGCGCCAAGGAUUAGACGGCCAUCGCAGAGUAGGAGUUGGUUUCAUGAUUCCCAUCGAAAUGGCAUUGGAGUAUAUGUAUGGAAACAAUUCACGCACCUAGGCAGCUCAUGUUUUGCACGUGCGGAAGCCCGAUUGAACGAAAGAAACACGAG